UUCUGUAGCUUAAUUCAACCGCAUGGCGCUUUCUUCUUCCUCUUCUUCUUCCUCUCUCUUCCUCCUCCUGCUCUUCUCUCUUCUCCUUCUCUCCCCGUCCCACUCCUCCGGCCACGAAGCAGCCUUCGCGCAGCAGCAGGCCGACCGCGUCUCCCGCCUCCCCGGCCAGCCUCCGGUGACCUUCCGCCAAUUCGCCGGCUACGUCACCGUUAACGAGACCCACGGCCGCGCCCUCUUCUACUGGUUCUUCGAAGCCACUCACGACUCCCACAACAAGCCCCUCCUCCUCUGGCUCAACGGAGGGCCUGGCUGUUCUUCCAUAGGGUAUGGGGAGGCAGAAGAAUUGGGGCCUUUCUUGAUCCAAAAGGGCGUGCCGGAACUUGGACUCAAUAGGCAUUCAUGGAACAAAGGCAAGCCUUGUCAGUUACAUCUUAAUGGAAGUGUGAACAUUUCUGAUAGUUAUCUGAUUGCAGAGGCCAAUUUGCUGUUCCUGGAGUCGCCGGUCGGAGUGGGGUUUUCAUAUACUAAUACAAGCUCUGACUUGAACAAACUAGGAGACGCUAUCACUGCUGAAGAUGCCUACAUCUUUCUUGUGAAUUGGUUUAAGAGGUUUCCACGAUUCAAGUCUCACGACUUCUAUAUUGCCGGGGAAAGUUAUGCCGGGCAUUAUGUGCCACAACUUUCGGAGAAGAUUUUCGAUGAGAAUAAGAUUGUUCCGGCCAAAAACUACAUCAAUUUCAAAGGUUUCAUUAUCGGGAAUGCCGUGAUGGAUGAUGAAACAGAUCAGACUGGUAUGAUAGACUAUGCAUGGGAUCAUGCAGUGAUAUCCGAUCGAGUUUACCAUGAUGUGAAGAACAAUUGCAAUUUCAGUAAAGAAAAUGUCACGGACGCCUGUAGUCGUUCAUUGGAUGAGUAUUUUGCAGUUUACGAUAUCAUCGAUAUGUAUAGCCUAUAUUCUCUAGUAUGUGUAGAUUCAAACUCCACCAUGGCUUCAAAUAGAAGGUCCUAUUUUGUUGAAGGUGCCUCCCCUAAGAUACUCUCUAGACAUAGUGGAUGGCAUCGAAAGCCAGUCGGUUACGAUCCAUGUGUUCCGAAUUACACCGAGAAAUACUUUAACAGGCCAGAUGUGCAAGAAGCUCUACAUGCCAACGCCACUAAGAUUGGCUACACUUGGACUCAUUGCAGCGACGCGAUCUCCAAGUGGAAUGAUGCACCUUCCUCUGUGCUCCCGGUGAUCCGCAAGCUCAUCGAUGGCGGCAUCCGAGUGUGGGUUUUCAGUGGAGAUACUGAUGGAAGAAUACCGGUGACCUCCACAAGACUGACAUUGAACAAACUUGGCCUGAAAACUAUUCAGGAAUGGAAGCCAUGGUAUGACAGAAUGCAGGUCGGCGGGUGGACGAUCAUCUUCGAGGGGCUAACGUUUGUGACGGUGCGUGGUGCCGGCCACCAAGUGCCUACAUUUGCUCCCAGGCAAGCGCAGCAGCUCAUUCGCCACUUCUUGGUAGAUCAGCAAUUGCCUUCUUCCCCUUUUUAGUACCGUAAGUGUUCUUGGCUGGCCUUCUUCACGGAAGCUUAUGGCAGUUGGAAGAUUCAACUGUAAAGUGGUUAAAUAAGGAAGCGAAAGUCAAUAGAUUUAAGAGUCUUCAAUUUAAUGCAAUAAAAAUGUUGAAUUACUGUCAAAUGAUUGAAAUGAAAUAUCGGAAAAUAAAUCCCACAUGA